ACUUGUUUGGAUCGGGGUAGGUGACGCAGUGUAUUCAUUAAUUAACACAGUGACCCUGGCAUCAGGCAGUUUUACUUUCCAAAGUAAAACAGAUACGAACAUAUCGAACUUUACAAUGAAUCAUUUAUUUAGACUGUCUGCCGGUUUGUUUCGUCCAGGUACUGGAGUGUACAGACGGAGACCAGUGUCUGAGAGGCAUGUAUCGUUGGUUGCAUCACGACUUUUCAGUAGUGCACCCGAAAAUAAUGAGCUGGGGCAGCUGAUUAAAAAGGAUAAGGUUGUGGUGUUUAUCAAGGGAACCCCUGCUCAGCCGAUGUGUGGUUUCAGCAACGCCGUGGUGCAAAUCCUUCGUAUGCACGGUGUUGACGAUUACGCCUCUUACAACGUGUUGGAGGACCAGGACUUGAGACAAGGGGUCAAAGACUUUUCCAACUGGCCGACCAUCCCUCAGGUUUACUUCAAUGGGGAGUUUGUUGGGGGCUGCGACAUCCUGCUUCAGAUGCACCAGAAUGGAGACCUUGUGGAAGAACUGAAGAAAUUGGGAAUCCACUCAGCUCUCCUAGAUGCAAAUAAAGAUGAGCAAAAAAAGUAGACGAUACAGAAUGGAAAGAAUCGCCAAAUAUUACGUUCUGUGAAUUUCCAAUUCAUUUCCAAAUAUUGUUCUAUUUCAGCAAUGCCUUAUACAAUCUCUUAAGCCAAACACAGCUGGAAUUACACUGGAAAAUGAACACCAAAGUGCUGUCUGUGCACCCUGUCAUUCCACUCUUGCAACAAAGCUUGAUGAGGCAACAAACACACGUUUACUAACAACCUUUCUGUGUACUUUUUGGCUUGCUGCACUGUUUAUGAAACAUAAUAUUUAAUUAGGAAUAUUUGUUGUAUUGAAAUGUAUAAUGAAAGUAAAAUUGGUGUGUGUAAACCUCUUUAUAUUAAAAUAUUAGUGUGAUUAAAAAUUUUAACAUGUCUUUUGCUGCAAA